GCGCUCUGUGCGCAUGUGCGAAGGUGUCCAAACUGACAAUGCUGGGGCGAUGAAGAUAGUGUGCGGCCGCUUCUGGACUCAGGGAGCAGGAGCGGGGCUCCGCGCGCCGGCACCAUGCGAUCCAAGGCGAGGGCGCGGAAGCUAGCCAAAAGUGACGGUGACAUUGUAAAUAACAUGUACGACCCGGACCCCGACCUGCUGGCGGGCGAGAGCGCCGAGGACGAGACCGAGGACAGCAUCAUGUCCCCCAUCCCCAUGGGGCCCGCCUCCCCCUUCCCCACCAGCGAGGACUUCACCCCCAAGGAGGGCUCGCCCUACGAGGCCCCCGUCUACAUCCCCGAGGACAUCCCCAUCCCGCCGGACUUCGAGCUCCGGGAGUCCUCGAUCCCGGGCGCCGGCCUGGGCAUCUGGGCCAAGAAGCGGAUGGAGGUCGGGGAGCGCUUCGGCCCCUACAUGGUGGCGCCCCGGGCCACGCUGAAGGAGGCCGACUUCGGAUGGGAGCAAAUGCUGACUGAGGCGGAGGUGUCGUCGCAGGAGGGCUGCGUCCAAAAGGUAGGAGAGCUGCUCCGGCCUCCGCUGGCCUCGCCGAGGGCGUCCCUGAGCGGUCGGUGUCUGUGGCCUGCUCGGGUCCCAGACGGCCGUUCCCUGUCAUCGGGACGGGGUUUGGUUUCGCCGUGUGGGCGGGUGGGGAUCGCUGAGCUCCCGAGAACAAGCAGAGCCCUGUACCUGCGGGAAUGCUCCCGGCCAGGGGACGCGCGAAGCUGA